GUCAGUAAAGCACCGCCCCUUCAAGCUGAUUCAGUCUCCGAGACAUCUACAGUGGAUCAAGCUUUCCCGAAGCCGUUGAGAACCAAAGAGAAGACGGCAACGCUUGAUAACGAGAAAUAUCGCUCGAGUUCGGGAGCCUUGCAUGAAGAUCCAUGGAGCAUACUUGAGCCCAUUGCAAAUAUCAAAUUGGAUCAUCCAUAUGUGCUGGCUCGAUACAAGGAAGACAAAGGCAGACUUGUCCAAGUGCAGAAACUGGAGCUGCAAGCAUUCUCCGACCUUGGAUUGCAACGAACGCUGAAUCGCAUCUCUCACCCCAUUUUCCGGUCAUUACUUGGAUGCUAUCAUCAUGAUGAUUCGGAGCAUGUAGAAGUUUCCGUCACUCAGAUUCUGGCAACGAAGCUCGUGAUCACGGCGAGUGAGAUCAUUACAAUUGUCAAGCCAGUAAGUAGAGUUACAUAUUAUAUCACAAUACGAGCGAUCGCUGAUUAUGAACAGAUACUCGAAGGAAUUCAGUACCUGGCUGAAUGCGGGAGGGUACUGGCCACUUUGACAAUGAAUACCAUCUUUUUCACUCAGUCUGGCAAGGUCAAGAUAGUGGGUAUCGAGGACAGCUGCGAGAUAAGUGCUUGGGAAAUGGAUGCUGCGACAAUGAAGCUGUACGCUUUAGCGGAUAUUGUAAUCAAGCUGAUGGGUAAAUGCCAUUCGACGCAUAAGUGGCCUGUCGAGAUUGAAAAUCUGCCUGAUCAGCUUAGAAAACGCCCUUUGAGAGAGAUCCUGCAGGUGAUUGCCCCCCUCCUCUUCAAUGUAUCAAGGCUGAUGUCCCAGACAACCCCUUUUCAGCAAAGGCCAAGUCCAGAAGAGUUGAAAUCGCUUAUCAACUUGACGAAUACAAUCGUGUAUCACCGAAUCGAAACUCAUUCUCAUCGUAUAUAA